CACCAGAUUCCGCUAAUAUCGGUCAAUUCCGACACUCAGUCGUACCAACCAAAUGUCAACUUCCUCCUUUCUGUCGCGUACUUUUCACCGAUAGCCGUGAAAUAUUUUUCCAAAAUAAAUCGAAGCCAUGGUGCGCAUGAACGUGUUAGCCGAUGCCCUGAAAUGCAUCAACAACGCCGAGAAGCGCGGUAAGCGCCAAGUGCUCCUGCGUCCCUGCUCCAAGGUCAUCAUCAAGUUCCUCACAGUCAUGAUGAAGCACGGAUACAUCGGCGAAUUCGAGAUCGUGGACGACCACCGUUCCGGCAAGAUCGUCGUGAACCUGACCGGACGCCUGAACAAGUGCGGCGUGAUCUCGCCCCGCUUCGAUGUCCCAAUCAAUGAUAUUGAAAAAUGGACAAACAAUUUGCUGCCUUCGCGUCAGUUCGGCUACGUCGUACUCACAACCUCAGGAGGUAUUAUGGAUCACGAGGAAGCUCGGCGAAGGCAUUUGGGAGGAAAGAUCCUCGGAUUCUUCUUCUAGAUGAGACGUGUUUUGUAUAAAUAAGGAAAAACGAAGGUUGGGAGUUUCAAUAAAGGACUUUCAACGGGA